CGCUCCCUAAAGUGCAACAAGCUGAGCCUAUCUGUUCAGGCUGUAUUUCUGCUGUUCAUGUUGGAAUUUACCGCAUUUCUCCAAGAUGCACGCUAUAGUAAUUUCAGCAAUGUAGUUACGACAGUUACGGCUAAUUUCAAACUCUCCACCAAAACAGUAGUCUGGUGGCGAUGCUAGCGACGGCAAAAUGGUACUGACUCAGAGAUCACGCCAUUCUCUCGUCUGCGCGAGCAGAAAAGAAAUAUGCCUUCUCCACAAUGUUCUCCGCCGGAACGGGCGUCCGCGGUGUCCUAUAGGAACAAUCUGGAGUAGUUGGAAAAAACUCAUGUUUUGACGCUCUGCAACAAGAAGAGAAAGUCUUAGUUCUGCUCACUUCAUUCUAAGUAAUUGUCUUGUUAUGCUGCGGGGCGUCAAAUCAUGGGUCCACGGUGCCGAAGAGAUAGGGAAAGGCGAUGGAGGCCACUGCGAAAAAGGGGUCAAAUUCGUCCCCCGGCUCCCUUUUUACAGCUAUAGCUGUAGGCUGUAUGCGGAGAGCGGAGUUAAGCAUCGCAUAGCGUGCGUGCGCAGUGUGUCCCAGAUAUCACCGCGCGGUGAGUCACGGAAGAAGCGCGCUGCGCAGGCGGCGCGAUGCCACGUUGGGUAUCACGUGAGGUGUGUUGAUGCAGGCGGCGGGAGUGCAAAGCAAAAGACGCCAGGCCCUUCGCCUGGAUAGCGUCGUCGAGGAAGGUUCUUAGUGCAGAACAGAUUGCUACAAGAGAGGCGCGGAAAGCUGAAAGGCGAAGAGCUCGCCGUGCCCAGGUGAACGCAGAAGCCAAAGCUCGACAUGCAGCGGCGGAACGAGCGUAUUGAAACGAGAAAGACGAAAGCGCAAGUCUGAGAAACGUGUUGGUGUUCAGCGUUCGCACCGUGCGGAUUUCCAUUGCAAGCGGGCAUGCCUCAACAACCAGUUUCCUCUGUAGUUCCUAUUUUCCUAGUAGUUCCUGGUUUCCUAGUAGUUUCCUAGUAGUUCCUCUUUUAAGUGCUGGAAUAAACCUCAAAUGCGUGAUAAGAUAUCAGGAACUUCGAUUUCAACAUUGAAGGUACCAGUUGCUGCUGCGGCAUAUCGAACUUCAACAUAUAUGGACUGAGGACAACAGUACUUAGAAAGAUCACUGUCAUAACGUCAGAUGAACGAUGGUGGCACACGAACCAUUUGUGGGGACGGCUCAACCUGUCCGUUGACCCCUGCGAGGACUUCUACUCGUUCGUCUGCUCCGCCUCCUGGUUCGAAAACGAGACAAUCCAAGACCAGCCCUAUGCGUUAUUCUCUGCAGCGCAACUCAUGGCGGAUGUGGACGACGCCCUCUCGCGGCGCUUUGCGGCGUUAAACGUUGGGUCGACCGCGUGGAGCUUUGUUUACCAGUCUGCGGAGCUUCUAAGGGCUUGCGCCAGUGCUCCAAGGACAGGGUCAUCUUGGGAGGAUGUGCGAGAAAUCUUGAGUGAUAUCGGCAUUGCAGGUUGGCCGUACGUGAACUCUUCGAAGGAGCUAAACCUCGUUUCGCUCGUCGCCAAGAUGGAGCGAAGCAUGGGCUUCUGCCCGUUCGCUGACGUCACUCUGUUCAACUACUCUGUCAUAACAGAUUACGAGAUCCACAUCUCACCACCCACGACGCUUCUACGGCGAUUCGUCUUACACCGGAACUUUGCUGGACUUCCGAUUUCAGUUUAUGAAGAGGAACUACGUAAAGUAUUGGACAAAUUUCUCCCAAAUAAGAGCAGGAGCGAAAGACUAGGGAGCGACAUUGUCGCAUUCGAAAGACAUGUGGAAGCGAUAGACACGGUGGAAACUGUUCCAGUGAACGAGCAGUUCAUGAACAUCAAUGAACUCGGGAAAGUCUCUAAAUGGAACUGGAAGACGUUUCUCAACAGCGUGUUUGAGGGCAUCAAGAACAUCACAGAUGAUAUUGUUAUGUGUGUGCGAUGCUCCUUCUUCAAGAAGUUGACUGUAGUCAUCGAAGAAACACCGUCUAUAACUUUGAUAAACUAUGUCGGUAUCAGGGUUUUAGUGGCCUUGUCGCCUCUCUUGCCGGAAGAGAACGAGUUUUUGAUGAUACUAGGCCAAGAGAUACCAGGACUCAGCGGCAUUUCACAGCGCCAUCAUUCUUGCGUGAAUCUUUUAGAAAGAGUUUAUCGCUACGGAACCGCUAUGAUAGCUCGUAUGUCGUUGUCCAAGAACCUCCUGAACGUCUACCGGACACACUACGACAAACAAGUCGACCAUCUCGCGCAGGCGUUGACACGAGCCGUGGUUCGGCGCUCCAAGAGGAUAAGCUGGAUGACUCAAGACCGUGAACGUACAGUGGCUGCUGCUAAGUUCCAGACCAUCGUUAUGGAUAUCUUCGGCACUACCCCAAGCGUCUAUUGGCCGGCUUUGUAUUACGGCAUCGCAUCACCACGAAUCAAUAGAAGUGAUGUCGUAAAAAGUUACGUGAAGCUCCUUCAGCACACCAGAAAAAGUUACUUGGGCUCAAUCUCGCCGAACCUGGAUUUUGACGCCAAGUAUGCAGGAAGGGUAUUCAUACCAGAAGCCGCUUAUUUUCACUCUAGAAGCUUCCUGUUUAUUCCUCAAGUCGUGGUAGGGUUUUUGAACCACGUGUCCAACGAAAUCGACAGCAGUUUUAUUCCGGUGGUUGGAAGGCCUAUCCUGGAAGCAGUGAUGCGCGUUCUGGACGAUGUUGGUGCCCACGUCGAUGAUAAACAUGGCUUGAGGUCCUGGUGGACGGCUAGCACAACCUCGAAUAUUGACAGUCUGAAGAAGUGUCUGAUCGAUCAGUAUGCGGCGAUGUAUUGGCCUAGUGCUGAUAUGAAGCGAUGGAAGAGUUACGUGGACAUCAACAGGCUUCUUCGCGAGGUGGCGCUGACUGGUCCAUUGUACGACACGUUUGCGUCCACCACUCCAGCGUCUAUGACAGUGAAGAUCUCUAAUGGCAGUGAGUUUGAUUCACAGAGACUAUUUUUCAUAAACUAUGCAUUGUCACUUUGCGAUCACCACAGACGCCACGACGUGGUUCGUCUCCAAAGGAAGUUAAGGGUUGUGCCUGGUGCGGUUGUGGUUAAUUUGGCCCUCAUGAACUCGCAGGAAUUUUCUAGGGCGUAUAAGUGUCAAGUUGGAUCUCCAAUGAAUCCAGAAAAGCGCUGCAUGUUUUGGUGAUGUUCUGAUUGAGGUAUUUUGCUGCUACUGCUCUUGCAUACGCUAAUCUGCUCCAGUCAAAAGCUCUUCAUAUUUUCAAUGAUACACUAAAGCUUUCGAGCAAUAAAUUGUAACCGCUAUUUUUACGGUGUCUUGGUGA